AUUUGAGUUAUAUUCAUUAGUAAACUGAUGAAAGUACAUAUGAAAUGACACAUGACUUCACAUGUACCCAUUGUUCUAGCUCUAAGGCCAUGUGUAUGGUAAACUUGUCAUGCCAGGCAUCCCCAGCCUCAAGCAUGUUGUACUGUUGUAGUGGUUUAUAAAAAUGUUACCACAUCUGCGUGGUACUGUGGGUAAACUAAUCUGCACUACUGAGUGACAGAGCCAAUUGAGCUAAUAAGCCCACCCACAGUGGUGUGCAGAAAACAGCUACUCUGUACACCUCUCCCUGAACUGUGAACACAUCCAUAGAAUUGGUGUCCCUGUGGUAUAAAACUGACAUGUGGCUUUUGGUGACAUUUUGCAUGUAAAGUUACAGAAAAGUCAUGAAAAGAUAUGAAUACUGAAGGUUGUUUCCCCCCCUUCCUUUAUGAACAAUGAGUAUUGAAAAUCUUUUCUAGGAUGUGAAUAUUUCUGAACUUAUGAAGAAGCUAGAUAUUCUUGGAGAUAAUGGGAAUUUGAGAAACGAAGAACAGGUUGCAAUAAUCCAAGCUGGGACUGUACUUUCCCUCUGUGAAAAGUGGUUAAAACAGAUCGAAGGAAUGGAAGCUGCCCUGACACAGAAGAUGAUAGACCUGGAGAAUGAAAAGGACCUGUUCAGUAAACAGAAGGGUUAUUUAGAGGAAGAACUCGACUACAGGAAACAAGCUCUGGACCAGGCUUACAUGAGAAUCCAGGAGCUGGAGGCCACGUUGUAUAACACUCUGCAGCAGGAUCCAGGAAGGCGGGCAAGUGAGUCUCUGAAUGAAGUGCAGAGGGAGGAUUUGCGAGCUGCGGUGGAGAAGGUGCGGAGGCAGAUCCUGAGGCAGAGCCGCGAGUUUGAUAGCCAGAUCUUGCAUGAGCGAAUGGAGCUGCUGCAGCAGGCACAGCAGCGGAUUCGAGAGCUAGAAGAUAAAAUAGAACUUCAAAAGCGGCAACUCAAAGAAAUAGAGGAGAAGGAUUUCGAAGCUGCAAAGGAUACAUAUGCAAUGGAGUCUGAAGGAGAAGCAAACAGUGCUGAAGUAGAGACCUUGAACCUCAGAAUAAAACAGCUGGAAAAAUCGGAGGAAAAACUGAGGCACAUUUUAGAGGACUACAUGAAUUCAGAUUGUGUACUAAGAAACAGAGCAAAAGAGCUGGAGCUGUCACAGGGGAAACUUUUUGAAACAAUUGACCAAUUAAAUGCAAAGGUGCACCUGGUUGAAAAUGCAAAUCUACGUGUUAAAGGGAAACUCCAAGACAUGCAGGGGGAACUGAGAGAUUUGGUUCAAAACCAAGAGAAUGCAGAAAAGAAACAAAAAGAAAAGUUGCGUCGACUGCAAGACCAGCUGAAAAUCAAAAAGGAUGAAGUAAAGAGCCAGUCAGAGUAUUUUGAGCACUUCAAACAAAAGCAGAAGCAGCAGGCAGCAAUGUUGAGAGAACGGGUAUUUUACCUUCAGGGUCAUGUAUCUAGGCUGGGAAAGGAAGUUCUGGACCUCAAUGCCACGCUGGCUCUUCUCACCACUGAACUGGAAGAGAGAACUUUUCAGUAUCUCCAAAGGAAGCUGGAAACCACAUUACCUGGAACUCAGGGCUCUCUGCACUUUGAUAUGGAUGUAACCAAAAUGCGAACUCUCCUUGAAGAUGCUGAAUGUUACAUAAAAAGCCACCUUCAGACAUUGCAGCAAAACCUGACAAUGCUGGUGGAAAGAGAAGAAAGCAACAGCAGAGAACAAGCAGACCUACUAACCAAGCUCCAGCGCUCUCAGGACUCUGAAGACUUCCUUCUGAGGAAAUUAGAGGAAUCUUGCCAUCAUGUUUAUGAGCUGAAGUUGUCUGAAGUCAAGCUUCAGGAACAAAUUGAGGAGCUUAUGGAGGAAAACCAGACUUUAAAGGAUGAACUAGGAGUCAAGUUACAAAAAGAAGCAGGAAAGGAGUUACCGCCUGCAGGUAUAGAAAAUGGAGAAAAUGCUGUCAGUGUGAACCUGAGUGGAGACCUCUUUCAGGAUAAACUACUAAAUCUGAAGUGGGAGACAGUCUUGGAUCCAUCCAGAAACAAAGCUACUCAAACUUCAUCUUUACCGCAAUAUGACAAGGAGUCUGGUAAAAUAGUAGGAACUCUGCUUUAUUUCAUAUGUAAUAGUAGUUCAAAGAAGGAGAGCGCCUCAGAACAUAGCGAUGGUCAGCUUAAUAACAUAGAGAGAUUGCCAGAUGAAUUUUUAAUACUGGUUUUGGAAUGUGGCUCCAGUGCCUUGUCACCGAUUAUGGAAGAAUUCAGCCUACUUGCUGCUGGGAAGGAAACAAAGAUAUUUGAAUUAACCCUUGGCAACUAUAAAGCUGGUAUGAAAACCAGCAGCUAA